AGAUAUUUCAUUAAAAACAAAAUAUAAAAACAAAAGAAACAAAAGAGUGGAGGUUUUAGAGAGGUUUGUUGGAUUGUUUCUCACAAAAAUUUCUCUCCUUCUUCAAAUGUUCACGAGACCUUAUCUUCUACCUCCACUUUCCUUCCAUGGCUCCUUCCCCUGCGGCGGCUUCUCCUUCUCUCUCCUUAAACCAAACCCCACACUUCCAUCACCAAACUUCCCUAAUCACCUGGCUUAAACCUCCUCCCUCCUCCGGCCUCUUCCGCCGCAAAACCCUUCCAAUCUCAGCAGCUUCCUCCUCCUCUUCCACCUCUCUCUCAAUCACCGACAAACCCACCUCCCACUUCCACGGAAACCUCAUCGACACCUUCGAGAGUCAUCACCCCACCACUAAAGGAGCCACCUUUAUCGAAGAGCCCCUCGAAAGGAAUGAACCUUCCUCAAGGAGGAGGCUCUUCACGCAAGACCCACCAUGGAUCUACGCGCUCUUCCUCAAGGGUGAAGAUGCAAGUGGAGCUUGUAAAUGUCAAUAGUCUUUCGUGACUAACUAGGCGACGAAGUCACUGAUGCUGGAUGCAUUAGUCGUUACUACAUAAGGCAUGCAGAGUGGUGGGUUACCAUGUGGAUGCAAGAUAUGCUGAGAUGGAGAAGGAUAAACUGAGGGUUUAUGUCUUGACGUAGUCGUUGAAGUAGUUGCUGAGGCAGUGUGUGUCAGAGAGUGAACCAGGAGGUAUCCGGAGUGGUAGAGACCAUGUGGACGCAAGAUGCUGAGCUGGCGUGGGAUAAACUUGAGAAGCAAGUUUAUACCAUGGAGAAAAAGGCAAGAGAUAAACUU